AUGCGAGGUAAAAAGCUAACGCCUUCCAGGUUUGCCUGUGAUAUUUGCUACAAAAACUUUACCCAGAUCUCUAGUGUAAUUCGGCACAAACGUAUUCAUUCCGGUGAGAAGCCAUUUUCCUGUGAAGAAUGCGGGAAAUCUUUCUCUCAGUCAUCAACACUGGUCAACCACCGGCGGAUUCAUUCUGGAUGCAAACCUUUUGAGUGUCCCGUUUGUGGGCGCAAGUUUUCUGACCACUCAAGCCUCUCUCGUCACCGCCGGACCCAUUCUGGUGAGAAACCCUACUCCUGUGAUAUCUGCCACAAGUCCUUCUCACGUUCUACGUAUUUAUCGUGCCACAUCCGUAUCCAUACAGGGGAAAGGCCAUUUACUUGCUCCGUCUGCGAGCAGACCUUCUCCCACCUUUCUAGUCUUGCCCGACACCGCCGCGUCCAUUCAGGAGAACGCCCUUUCUCAUGUGAGGUGUGCGGGAAAGCGUUUUCCCAGUCCUCCAUAUUGUCGAACCACCGUCGGAUCCACUCCAAGGAGAAACCAUUUAUGUGCCAGGUCUGUGACAAAUCAUUUUCAAAUCACUCCAGCCUCUACCGUCAUGUCAAGAUACACACCCUGAACAAAUUGCCAUCAGCUACACCACCAUUGGUAUCUUCAGUUCUAUUGCUGGGUAAUGAAUUCCAGAGGUCUUCUGAAGAGGGUGCAUUUAGAAAUCAUCUGGUCGAUGGUGAUAAUGAUGAUAAUAAUAAUAAUAAAAAUGAGAGUGAAAAUAAAGAAGUUGCAGAUCAGAAACCUUUUAAAUGUACCCAUUGUUACCAAGUUUUUCAGCAGACCAGUGAACUUAUUUUACAUAUGAAGGCUGAUCACUCCAGUCUUACAUCUAUUUGCGAUGGUGGUACCACACCUGGUCUGGACCAGAAUAACACUGAACCAAACACCAACAGCAAAGCGUUCUCUUUUUCACCUGAUUUAUCGAGUGAAUCUGUCAAACCUCAGCAAGACAUGUCCCAGCAAAAUUUGCAGUUGAUUACACAGCAACCAACUAAACAGGGUGGACAAGUCCUAUGCAUAGCACAAGUCCAAGAGAAACCAAAGGUCCGUCGUCAGUUCCCUUGCAGAUUUUGUAAACGGCUCUUCUCGGACCGUUCAAACAUGUGCAAGCAUCGGAAAAAAUGUCAGCUCAAAUAUGUCACUCCAUUUCCCGCCGAAAACCAACCGGAUCUUAAAGUUGAACUGUUGUCACCGGCAACAAUCAAGCAGAACAAUCCCCCUGUGGAUUCAGCCAUAUCUACACCAUCUGUUCACUUUCCAGACAACCUGUCAAAUAACACAUUUGAACAGUCAUCAUCACCUCAAGUGGCUCGGUUUCACUUCCACUACACACCUUCUGAAGAGCCCAAAGAUCAAGCUACAUCCAAAGCCACCCAGAAACGGUCUUCAUUACCCCACAAAUGUAACAUCUGUCACAAGACGUUCACUCAAUCAUCUAGUCUACGCCGCCACCACCGGGUCCAUUCAGGGGAGAAGCCCUACCACUGCCGAGUUUGUCAAAAAAGCUUCUCCCAAUCGUCCAUCUUGUACAACCAUCUUCGGAUACACUCAGGUGAGAGGCCCUACAAGUGUCACAUCUGCUCAAAGCGAUUCUUAGAUUCAUCAAGCCGCUUGCGCCACAUACGAAGCCACUCGGGUGAGAAGCCGUUUAAAUGCACAAUCUGCUUCAAGUCUUUCUCGAGAUCCACAUAUGUCGCAUCGCACAUCCGCGUCCAUUCAGGCGAGAAACCCUUCCACUGCAGCAUCUGUGAUCGUCGUUUCUCGCAAUCCUCCUCCCUUAUCCGGCACCACCCGUCGCUGCGGAGAGCAGCCAUACUCAUGUGA